AAGCUGAAGUCAUUCAUCAUUGGCAAAUAUGCCAAACCUCGCUGCUUCAGCAAGAAGAAUGAUAUGUUAUUACACUAUUUAUAUUAUUAUUAUAAUGAUAAAAGCUGGUUGAAACAUGCAGUUUUUAGAGAUAUAUAUAAGAUAAUUGAUAAUUGA